AGCAGCGGACGUUGUCCCUUCUCCCACGCUGCGCGGCUCUGCAAUUUCUCCAGCGGUCACUCUUUCCAUCUCUUAGUCCGCCGCCUGAUCGUUAUCGUGUUCGUCGCCCUCGUCAACCGUCUCGAGCGCCACGACCCUCUGCAAGCUGCUGUCGCCACUCGGCUGGGUCUCAUACCUGUCAGCACGGUGGUGGUGGUGAUCCGCUGCCGCCGCGGUGUGUGGUGCACACACCGAGUUGGGCCCAUCUUUAGUCCGCCUGAACGACGCCAGAGCUUUGCCGAGCGCCCCUGACGGCCCUGCACCAGCACCAUCGCUGUCGCGGCUCUCACAGAAGGCCAUCAGGUCGGAGAGGAACCUUGAGGGCUGGUGGUGGUGAACGGCCGGGCGGCGCUCUGCGCGCCACCUGGCCUGCAACGGGACGAAUGCCAGCUCGCCGAGAGAGGCGAUGUCCUCCGAGUCGAGAACGGCGUGCAUCGUGGACCGGCGGAUGUCGCGGACGUCGGCGGCUUUUGUCGUCCACUCGGCGAUCGCACAUGAGCCCAGGAUCUCCUCACUGAGAGGGGGGGAGGGAGGGAGGAAGGGAGGGAGGGAGGGACACACAUGGAGUGGGGAGGGAGGGCAAGGAGGCCGGUCCUCUCAAUCAUCUCUCACUUUUGCAU